AUCAUGGGUGCCUUCCACGAUCACAAAGAUCCUAUUUCUCCUGCUGCCGAUUACGUCCACCAUGAGUUCGUCAAACCUGUCCCUAUUGUGGAGAAGAUUGAUUAUUCUGGUGCCCACGAGAAGACGGACCCGCGAGAAAUUGCUCUGGUGAAGAAGCUUGAUCGAUGGAUUAUGCCAAUGCUUUUCUCAAUGUACUUCUUGAACUAUCUGGAUAGAAAUGCCAUCGCACUUGCUCGUAUCAACAAGAUUGAAGAAGAUCUGAAUCUCAGCUCUAUUCAAUACCAAACUUGCGUGUCGAUACUUUUUGUCGGUUACAUCCUCGGUGGUGUUCCCUCGAACAUGUUCUUGACGCGCACGAGUCCACGCAAAUAUAUGGUCAUCUGGGCUGCCGUAUCUGCUUUGACAGCAGUAGCAAGUGGAUUCACAGGACUGCUCCUAACCCGGUUCUUCUUGGGGAUGACCGAGGCUCCAUUCUAUCCUGGAGCGGUGUACAUCAUCGGUUGCUUCUAUACUCGAAAGGAGAUCGCGACCCGAAUUGCCAUUCUGUAUACUGGCAAUAUUGCUGCGACAGCAUUUGCGGGUCUUAUCGCUGCUGGUGUAUUCUACGGAAUGGACGACCUGGCGGGGAUUACUGGCUGGCAAUGGCUCUUUAUCCUUCAAGGUGUCAUCACUGCAGUUGUCGGUGUCGCAGCAUGGUGGAUUCUGCCAGACUAUUCACGCAACACCAAAUGGCUUACCGAAGAGGAGCGACUUCUUGCGUACAACCGCAUCGAGCUCGACACCACUGAGAACCAGGGCGAAGUCAGCGUCUGGAAGGGCUUGUCUCAGGCCUGCAAAGACCCAAUGGUCUGGGUGUUCGCGAUCAUGGCUCAUAUGCAUCUCGCCGCGAACGGCUUCAAGAACUUCUUCCCUACUGUCGUUGAGACUCUCGGAUAUGGACAGACCAUCACUCUCGUUCUCGUCUGCCCACCUUAUCUGAUCGCCGGUUUCUCCACGCUUCUCGUUUCCUGGAUGUCCGGCAGAUUCAACGAACGCACGUGGCACAUCACGGUAUCCAAGUGCGUUGCAACGGCCGGCUUUGUUGCGGCUGUAGCAACGAACAGCGUGGCCGGGCGGUACGUUGCGAUGAUCAUCUUCUCCAUCGGUACCUAUGCUGUCAAUUCUUUGAUCCUGGGCUGGUGUGCCUCUGUUUGUGGCCAAACCAAGGAGAAGAAGGCAGCCGCUGUCUCCAUGGUGACAACUAUCAUGGUCAGCUCUUUCAUUUGGACGCCGUACCUGUGGCCGAAGAGCAAUGGUCCUCGUUACACUAUUGCUCUGGGCAGCAGUGCGGGCUUCUCCAUGGCUACUGCCGCUCUUGCUUGGGUUGCCAAGUUCAUGAUGAUGAGAAGGAACAGGAAGAUCAGGCAGAGCGGAAAUGAGACGACGAACUUUUACGUCUACUGA